AUGGGAGCUGGAAGCCAUCAAGAAAGAACUGGGCAAGAAUGUACGCCACCGCUGCGCUCGGCCACACAAGCCAUCCACGCCGACGAUGACUUGGAGCGCUACGGUGCGGUAGCCGCGGCGAUUUCCGUGUCUACGACCUUUCGUUUUCCCAGAGAUGUGGAGGCCCUUCAAGCUAGAGCAGAUCGUGAUCCGAAGGCAACUCCCACCACCACGCGGUUGGAGGUCGUGCUUACCCAGAUCAUUGGACAGCCUUCCAUCACGUAUGCGUCUGGGCUGGCGGCGUUCCACGCCCUGAUGAUUAUGCUGAACCCUAAGAAGAUCUUCAUGGACGAUGUGUAUCACGGAUGCCAGAAAGUGGUGGACAUCAUGGCGAGGCUCACAGGGCUCGAGAAACACUCGCUGGACCAGCUUGAACGACUGGGCUCCCGAGAUGUUCUUUACAUUGAGACGCCUGCUAAUCCCACUGGGGAGGCUUAUGACCUUGGCUUCUACAAAGAGCGAGCCGCAGCGGCUGGCGCUUAUCUGGUUGUUGACUCGACCUUUGGGCCGCCGCCAUUGCAAGACCCUUUUGCAUUCGGCGCUGAUGUCGUGCUGCACAGUGGAACCAAGUAUUUCGGAGGACACUCUGAUAUGCUAUGUGGUAUAUUGUCUGUUAGUCAGUCCUACGUCGACCAAGGAUGGCUGGACCAGCUUCGUGAUGAGAGGUCAACAAUAGGAAGUGUCAUGGGAAGCUUGGAAGGGUGGUUGGGGCUUCGGUCAAUACGGACGCUUCAGUUGCGAGUAGAGAGACAAUCGGCCAAUGCGGUCGCGCUCGUUUCCUGGCUGCACCUCUUGGCGCAGGAUGAGGCAUCCGUCGCCGCCAAGACCAUUCUGCGGGUGACACAUGCAUCACUUCAAGAAGAUGCGUUGGCAGCAGGCUGGCUGCAAAAGCAGAUGCCUGGGGGAUACGGGCCGGUGUUUUCCAAACUGUUCCAUGAGGCCAAUGAUGCACGGCGUCUGCCGAGCUUCUUGCAUCUUUUCAACCACGCAACAAGCCUGGGAGGCGUGGAGAGUUUGAUUGAAUGGCGCGCAAUGACAGAUGCUGGAGCGGAUCGUAGGUUGGUGAGAGUAAGUAUCGGAGUGGAAGACUUGCAGGACCUGCAGAAUGACUUGCUGCAAGGGCUUGUUGCCCUCGUAGGAUAG